UCCAAUCAAUGUGGUUAAGCAGGAGUUUGGACAAACAUGUGGCUAGAUAAUCUAAUAUUGCAGAUACUGUGUAAUGAUCAACCUAAAAGGCUGCUGCGUGAGCUCUGACCUAGCACUCAUCGUAUGUCCUAAUUUCAGGAGUUUUGACGCUUUAACAGCCACAAUCAGCUCACGGGGACGUUGACAGCAUGGCCGCACUAAGAGCAGCUAAGCAGGCUUUGAGAAAAGAAAUAAAGAGACGGGUUGCCGCCUUGAGUGAUCAGGAGAAGACUCGACAGUCUAGUGUUGUCUCUCAAAAGCUGUUCCGUCAUCCAAAAUACAUCAGUAGUCAGCGGAUCGCUGUGUUCCUGAGCAUGCACGAUGAAAUUCGCACAGAAGAGAUCCUUGAAGAUGCUUUUGGGAAGGGCAAAGUGUGUUUCAUCCCCAAGUACCUGACCAACAGCAGCCAUAUGGACAUGCUCAGACUGACCAGCUUAGAGGACAUGAACUCCCUGCCUCUCACGUCCUGGAACAUUCGCCAGCCUGGAGAUGAUGACAGCCAGAGAGAGGAGGCCUUGAACACAGGUGGGCUUGACCUCAUCCUUAUGCCUGGCCUUGGCUUUGACAAAGACGGUAAUCGCCUGGGCCGAGGGAAGGGCUUCUAUGAUACCUACCUGGAGCGCUGCAUGAAACAUCCCAAAGGAAAGCCAUACACCAUUGCUCUGGCCUACAAAGAGCAACUGUGUCAAGAGAUACCAGUGGACGACCGGGAUAUCCACAUAGAUGAAGUCCUGUAUGAAGAUGAAUAAACUGCACGUAGCGACAUGGAGACUCUUCCUGCAUCAGUGAUCAUUUGGUGGGACCACUCGAGUGCCUUCCGAAGACCGGGCACAUCACCAAUGCAAGGAGCCAGGUCUCUCUCAGGUCUCUUGCAGUUUUCCUGAGUCAGGGUGGAUUCGACUGGAUGUAAUGAGUUUUCUCCAUAUGAGCCCCCUGGUUUAUUCUGCCUCUGCUUACAUAACCAGAUUUCCCAGUGAUUCCUCUCUGUGGAAUGCUUACCACAAAGUCCAUAAAUGUGAAAUAGUUUUGUUCAAGUGAGUGAGUCUUAGCCUACCAAUUUAAUUGAAUUAAGACACUAAGGAAUUAAGUGAAAUUCCCAUAACCUUUCCAAAAGCUUUGUCCUUAAUCAUCUAAAGCUUUGCUGUUAGAUGUGAUCAGUGGAAUUGCCUUCAUUAAAGGCACCAGAAUUCAUACAUAUCAACCCAUUCAGUUACAUCCGUAAAUGUUUGAUUUAACUACCUUUGUACUUGCAUUAGCACUUGCUUUGUAAAUACAGUGUCUUAAUCACAAAACAAAUAAACAGCUAUGCCUA